AUGGCCCUGGGGCAGCUGAGCUUCAGCGAGCUGGGUGCCGAGGAGCCACCCAUGGGCGAGGAGAGCCUGGCGGGCCUCAAGGCGCUGACGGCCAAGCUGAAGCUGCAGACGCGGCGCCCUUCCUACCUCGAGUGGGAGGCCAGGGUGCGGGGGCAGCCCUGGGGCAGCCGGGCCCCCAGCGGGGCGGAGGGGACCCCGGGGCACCCCAGGGGCGAGCGGGACGGCGGCGUCUGCGGCUUUCCCACCGUGGGGGCGGCUCUGGAGUGGCUCAGGACGGAGCUGCAGGAGCUGCAGGCUGCGGACCAGCGCCUGGCGCAGCAGCUGAUGCGCCUGCGGGCGCAGCUGCACCGGCUGAAGGUGGAGCAGGCCUGCCACCAGCACAAGGAGAUGCUGGACGAUGCCACCUUCGGCCUCGAGGGCUGCGAGGAGGACUCGGACCUGCUCUGCAACAUCCCUCCCAAGGCCGCCUUCCUGCUCUCCAUGCCGCUGAAGCACAUUGGCGUCACCCGCAUGAACAUCAACUCCCGGCGGUUCUCCCUCUGCUGAGCGUGGCAGGGCCCCGUGGGCACCCAUGGGUGCACCCAGGCUCGGUGGGGCUCGCGGGUGCCUCCUGAAGCACUGUGGGGAUGGCAGGGCUGGGGCUGAGCUCCCUCUUGCAGGAGGUGCUCAGUGCUGUGGGAAAUGCCACUGUCCCCGUGGGACACAGGGUGUCCUGGGGCACCCG